AUAGCCGAUGACUCAGGGCGGAGCUCCGCAUCCAACCCGCUCGCCGCCAACUUCUCUGGAUGGGACCAGAAGUUUCUAGCCGGCCAGUUGCUACCUCCCUUUAUCUCCUUCCCCGUUGGCAGCGAGGAGGCUAUUUCCAGACACUUCCACCCCUCUCGGGCCACGUCACCCCCUCCUUUAAUUCAUAAAGGUGCCCGGCGCCGGCUUCCCGGACACGUCGGCGGCGCGCACCGCUCUCGAGCCGGCCGCAGUCAGCGAGCGACUCCGCGCCUGGAGGCCCGGCACCCCGCGACCAGGCACCCCGCGACCAGGCACCCCGCGACCCGACACCCCGGCGGCCGCCCCUUCGGGCCGACCCCAACCCAACAUGAGCGCUGCCACCCACUCGCCCAUGGUGCAGAUGGCGUCCGGCAGCGGCGCCGGCGACCGCGACCCCCUGCCCCCCGGCUGGGAAAUCAAGAUCGACCCACAGACCGGCUGGCCCUUCUUCGUGGAUCACAACAGCCGCACCACGACGUGGAACGACCCGCGCGUGCCCCCCGAGGGCCCCAAGGAAACACCGUCUUCUGCCAACGGCCCUUCCCAGGAGGGCUCCAAGCUGCUGCCUUCGAGGGAAGGCCACACUGUGUACCCCCAGCUCCGACCAGGCUACAUUGCCAUUCCUGUCCACCACGAGGGUGUGGACAGCCGGCAGCCGCGCCCUUCCUUUGUCUGUUCCCAGCCCGGCACACAGCGAUUCCGAACCGAGGCGGCCACAGAGGCUCCUCAGAGGUCCCAGUCACCUCUGCGGGGUGUGGUGGAAGCCACCCAGCCAGAUAAACAGUGUGGACAGGCGGUGGCAGCAGCUGCGGCGGCCCAGCCCCCAGGCUCCCACAGACCUGAGCGAUCUCAGUCUCCAGCUGCUUCGGACUGCUCGUCCUCGUCCUCCUCGGCCAGCCUGCCCUCCUCCUCCAGCAGGAGCGGCCUGGGCAGCCACCAGCUCCCCCGGGGCUACAUCCCCAUCCCCGUGAUACACGAGCAGAAUGUCACCCGGCCGGCAGCGCAGCCUUCCUUCCACCAAGCCCAGAAGACCCACUACCCAGCUCAGCAGGGUGAAUACCAGACCUACCAGCCCAUGUACCACAGGGCCCCGGGGGAUGACUGGGAGCCUCGGCCCAUGCCGGCAGCGUCCCCGUUUCGGUCUCCCGUCCGGGGUGCAUCCAGCCGGGAGGGCUCCCCGGCCAGAAGCGGCACACCGGUGCACUCCCCUUCGCCUCACCGUGUACACACCGUGGUCGACAGGCCUCAGCAGCCCAUGACUCAUCGAGAAUCUUCACCUGUUCCCCAACCUGAAAACAAACCCGAAAGCAAGCCAGGCCCAGUUGGACCAGAUCUCCUUCCUGGACACGUCCCGAUUCAGGUGAUCCGCAAGGAGGCAGAUUCCCAACCUGUUUUCCAGAAGCCCCCACCCGCCUCUGAGAGGGUGGAAGUAAAGGUUCCCGCUGCUCCGGUUCCCCAUCCUCCCAGCCCCGCCCCUUCUGCUGUCCCCUCGUCCCCCAAGAAUGUGGCUGCAGAAGAGAGGGCAGCCCCCAGCCCCGCCCCUGCAGAGGCUGCACCUCCCAAGUCAGGAGAAGCUGAGGCGCCCCCAAAACAUCCAGGCGUGCUGAAAGUGGAAGCCAUCCUGCAGAACGUGCAAGGGCUGGAGCAGGCCGUGGACAACUUUGAAGGCAAGAAGACGGACAAAAAGUACCUGAUGAUCGAAGAGUAUUUGACCAAAGAGCUACUGGCCCUGGAUUCAGUAGACCCUGAAGGACGAGCUGAUGUCCGUCAGGCCAGGAGAGAUGGUGUCAGGAAGGUUCAGACCAUCCUGGAAAAACUUGAACAGAAAGCGAUAGAUGUCCCAGGUCAAGUCCAGGUUUAUGAACUCCAGCCUAGCUCCCUUGAAUCCGAUCGGCCACUGCAGGAAAUCAUGGAGAUGGGUGCCAUGGCCACAGACAAGAGUAAGAAAAGUGCGGGAAACGGAGAAGAUCCCCAAACUGAAACCCAGCAGCCGCCAGAAGCCAAAGAAGCAGCGAUGGCAAACCCCGGCAGCACGACGGACACAGCUGGUAACGCAGCGGCACCGUAGUCUCCACUGGACACAGAUCAGACCCGGGGACUGGGAGCUGGCGGUGUGCUUUAGGGAAUUUUAAGUUGCAUGCAUUUCAGGGACUUUGAAUCCGUUUGUUUUUACUUUUCAUAGGCGCUUGGUACGCAGUAACUUGGGUGGAGGCCACACACACUAAUUAAAGGGCUAAAAGGAAAAUGAUGCUCUUCUGUAUUCUUACUCUGUACAAAUGCAGCGGUUGCUCGUUUCAGAACUUUCACCCCAUUGCUUGGUGGCGGGGCCCCAUCUGUGCGCGGGCACCACGUGUGAGCCACGCUUGUACUCCGUCUUUGCGCAGCUCUGGACCGAGGGAGGCGUUUGGCUGGUGGAUGGGCUGUUGAUUUCCCAUCACACAAACACGAAACCCAUUUUUCGGAAUUGUUGCUCUUUUGUUGGGAUGAUCUUCAUCUCCUAGCUAAGAUACCUAACCUCAGAUAGAAUAAAAUGUGCAAGGAGCCCAGGAAUAUCUGUAUGCUGGAUGACUUUAAUGCAACAUUUGAGAAAAGUAAAAUAAAGUAAUAAUCAAACUCA